UACAGUAAUCAAUGCGAAAAGCCCAUCUAGUCGAUUUCGCGUCCAUGUUCAUUUCCCCGGUAUCUAAAUAAAUCUUUCCCAACUGAGGAAACACCCAUCUCCAUCUCCAUCGGUGAUCCUUUGUGUGUUGAGUGUGAAGGACUUACUGUAGCUAGGACAGUUGUGAUGGCUGCACCAGGUUCAGUUCAGAAGGCCGAGGAAGAGUGGCAGGCUAUUCUCUCCCCUGAACAGUUCAGGAUUCUACGCCAGAAAGGGACAGAGCCAAAAUUCACUGGGGAAUAUGACAAGGUUUUCGAAGAAGGGGUUUAUACUUGUGCUGGUUGUGGAACACCACUUUACAAGUCUUCAACCAAGUUUAACUCUGGAUGUGGUUGGCCUGCAUUCUAUGAGGGUUUGCCUGGAGCCAUUAAUCGUUCUCCGGAUCCGGAUGGCAGGAGAACUGAGAUUACCUGUGCAGCUUGUGGUGGUCACUUGGGACAUGUUUUCAAAUGGGAGGGGACCAAGGUGCCAACAGAUGAACGCCACUGUGUCAACAGCGUUUCGAUUAAGCUCGUUCCAGAAAAUUCUGCGUCAUGAAUUGAAGUCUUCUGGGCUAUCAUCAUUUCAGCUGCAUUUGUACUCUUGAAUCUUAGUGUAGUGUUUUGUGUUCUAUGAUGACCAAGGUUGGCAGCGAUUGUUAGAGUGACGAAUGAUGUAUGGUUAUAAGUUUCGAGUACGUGCCAAUAAAAGCUCGUAGUUUUAGUUUCCUGUUUCA